CAGCUCAAUUACGGUGUAGACUACAGCGCAUGGGAAAUUAUAUAUGUCCCUUAUAUCGCAACGCCGUCGCCUUUGUCACCAAUGCUGACCGCAAGUCGGCCCACCGAACUGCAAGCGAGACCGCAAUUGGACGAUUUCGAGUCACCGGGCCCUGUAAGGCGGCCAGGACCUGCUCUGCAUGUCAAAGUCGAUGGGCAUAGAGUUGUCGAGCGCCGCGCCUGGGAAAUUAAACGCCUCCAUCAACAAUUCAACGGCGUGGUGUCGCGGCCCUCACGCUUCCAGGAUGAAGCCGUGACACCAUGGCUUGACACAGCCUACGUUCCCGCGCAACAGCGCUGGUGCCCUCGCCUAGAGCGGGACGUGAAGGCCAUCUGCUCUGAAGCCGGCCUCUCCCGUGCCGCCACCGCCUCCAUCCUCUCCGCCUCCUGCCAUGGUACCAUCUCCCAGAACCCCGGCGUGCUCCUCUCCCGCCUGCUCCGCUUCCUGGACUGCCUCAGCCCACCCCUCGGCCGCCGCGGCGUGCUCAGCGUGCUGCGCACCGCGCCCUCCCUGCUCCGCUAUUCCCCCGAAUCCCUCCGCUGGAACGUCGACAUGCUGGCUGCGCUUCUCCCAGACAACACCGUAGCCGCCGCCAUUACACGCGCCCCCAUGCUGCUUCCCGCGUCCGCCAUCACCCUCUGGGGCAACUUCGAGGGCCUACGUCAGCUCCUCCGCCUGGACCACGAAUCCACCACCCGUGUUGUACUCCGUGCCCCACGGCUGCUCCUGAACAGCCGAGGCGCGCUGGAAAACCGCCUGGCAGACCUCGCCAUCCUCUCCGGCGCCCCGCUUCGUCGUGUCGCCGCCGUCGUCGCGCGGCAACCCGCUCUGCUGGGCUACUUCCCAGGCACGCUGGAACGCAACCUGCGGCAUGCGGCUGACGUGCUGGGCGUUCCCUUCUCACGUGUCCAGGUGCUGUUGUUGAAGCAGCCGGGGCUGGUGAUGCUGUCGAGGGAUACAUUCUCGGAGCGGGUUUCGGAGCUCCAAGCGGCUCUGGGGCUGCAUGACGCAGCGGACCUGGCAGCGGUGGUGCUGAGGCAGCCGGGGGUGCUGACGCUGGCACCGCAGGCGGUGCGUGGGAAGGUGGCUGUGGUGGCACGUGUGCUGGGGUUGUCUGAGGAGGAAGGGGGGGAGGCAGGCAGCCAAGCGGGGCUACAAGUUGCUGGCAGCAGCGGAAGCGGAAGCAGCAGCAACAGCAGCGGCAGCAGCAGGCGUAAACGGAGCGGUCAGGGCGGUCGGGAAGGCGACGAGUCGGGAAAGGAGGAGCCCAGCCAUGAGGCCCUGCGACGGCAGGAGGCCCUGCGCGGGGUGCUUCGAGGCGCGCCUCAGAUCCUGACGCUCGCCUCGGACAGUGUUGCGGCCAAGGCGGCGCAGCUGGCGGCGGCGGUGGCGCCCUGUGAGGAGCUGCGGAUGCAGCUGCAGCGCUCGCCGCCCAUGACGGUGGCUGUUUGGCUGUGCAUGAGCGCCCGCAGGUACCAGUACGUGCGCGCGGUGGCGGAGGUGGAGGCGGCGGCGGCAGCGGCGGAGGCGGGCCUGGCGGCGGCGGAGGCGUAUGGUGGUGGCGGCGGAGGUGGGGAAAGGGUGGUGGCGGCGGCACAGCAGCAGCAGAGAGCCCGGCUGUCGUUGCAUGCGUUAAUGCGGGCGGCGCCUGGGACGUCGGUGGCGGAUGGAGGGGCGAAAGAACAAGCAGCAGCAGGAGGAGGAGGAGCAGCAGCAGGUUUGAAAGCGGUG